AUGGACCUGUCUACCGCAUUUGGUCAGGAUGCAGUCCCGAAAUUGGCCCAAAAUACGCCUUUCCUUCUAGAUACGGCCGAGGAGUUUCUGAAGCAGAUCAGACAGAACGAAACAGGCGUCGUUCAGAUAUGCGCUGCAAAUUCAUUCUCCCGGUUUCCGUUCAUGGCCACAGCUGAGUAUUUAUAUAGCCCGUUAAAAGACUCCGAAAAGGAAGAGCUCUGGUCUCUUGGGCAGCAGAGCCUUGCUCUCAUGGGCAGCGUUCUGGCAGGCGGCGUUUUCCGCUUUGAAGUAUCGCGUUGGCUAAAGCCUCAGGUAUACAAACAACUCGCUCAAUUCGAGAAGGAUUGGGUCAAUUUAAAUGAGCGUAUUGUGCAAGCGAGGAGAGCUUCUAGCGAACCAUCAGCAACAGUCAUCGUUCAAGCAUGGGAAGCAAUGGAGGCGGGGAUUAUCUCGAAGAAAGAGAUGAUUCAAACUUUGAGUGAAAUGCUGUUUGCCAACCUCGAUGUUUCUACUCAUGUUCUGAGCUGGCUGGUCAUUUUUCUCGCCAAGCACACAGAUAUCCAGCGAGAACUUCGGCAAGAGAUUAAAACAAACACCAAAUCGCUGAUGGAGCUAUGUGGGAAGAAGGAUUCAUUGCUUCAUCGCUGUUUCUUGGAAUCGAUACGCCUUCGGCCAUUUACUGUCUUCACAAUCCCGGAAAGGUCACCUCAAACCAAGAUCCUUGGAGGAUAUAUUGUCCCGCCUAAUACCAGUGUUGUUGUUGAUACUUUGUCAAUCAAUCACAAUCCCCAGUUCUGGGGCGAUGAUUGUACUGAAUUUAACCCAAGGCGAUUGCAGAAGCUGCCAUUAACGGAUCUUCGAUACAACUUGUUCACUUUUGGCUUUGGCUCACGAAAAUGCCUGGGGCAACAUUUUGCAGAGGCAAUGAUGAAAGCUUUUAUUUGUCAGUUGCUUGUGCAGUACGAGAUUGGUCUUCCAAUAACCGACAACAAGGCGGGCAUCGACUCUGGUACUCACAGAAAGGACACUUGGGUUCCUAUUUCAAAUAUUCACAUAACCCUAUCAUCGCUUGAGGACAACUAG